ACAUCUUUCCAGGUGGCUAUGCCAGCUCCACACACCAGGUGAUCCCCCGCUUGGAGCAAUGAUGAGCUGCUGGACCUCAUCGGCAUUUGGGGAGAGGAGGCUGUGCAGUCCUAGUUGCACUCCAGCCAUAGGACUUAUGAUACCAACAGACAGAUUUCACGAUGCAUGAUAGAAAGGGGCACUGACUGGGACACAUUGCAGUGCAGGUUAAAAGUGAAGAAGCUGAGGAACACUUACCACAAGAUGUGGGAGACAAACCGCUACUCUGGUGCUGCGCCCAUGAGCUGCUGGUUCUACAAAGAGCUGGACGUGAUGCUCGGUGGUGACCCCACCUCCACUGCGAAGUCCUCUGUGGAUACUUCGUUGGCUCACGUGCCAGUCGAGAGUGGACUGAGCCAGGAAGAGGGAAUCUUGGAUGAAGAGGGGGAGGGGUGUAGCCAAUCACAGCAGUCAGAUCUUGGUGAAGUGCAAACAGAGAGUGAAGCCUCCCUCUUUGUUAUUGGCAGCAGAAUGGCUGUGCAGAAUUAGAAAGCGGCUGAGAAGAACUAAGAAGGACUUUCUCCGUGAGGUUAUAAUGCACUCCGCAGCCAAGAAACAGGAAUUGAAGGAGUGGCAGGACAGCAAGAAGAGGGACCAAAAGGAGAAUGCAGCCCACCAGAAAGAAGCCACGGAGCACCUUUUAAACGUUAUGGAGCGCCAAGUGGACACACUCCAGGUGAUACCAUCUCUUCAAAUGGAGCAGCUCCAUGCCCACACUCUCCUGCAGCCACUGUCACAAAACUCUUUCCCAUGUGCCCCUACCCCCCCGCCAAUACAUUCUUAUCAACCUACUAGCUCCAGUUUCUACCCAAAGCAUUCCACUCCUCCCUCCUCACAGCAGUGUUGACUCCCACUACCCACUGCACUCAACACCCAUCCCUCUGCAGUUUGGCCCUGCUGAAGUACAGCACCUGUUGCAUUGUACUCCAAGGAAAAGGUUGGUUAUGAUCCCUGGACAUACACAAAUCUGUAGCCAUUCCAGGACCCCUCCUCCUCUUAAGGCCUUCCCUUCCCCCAACCCCCU